CUAAUUAUUAUUGAACCCAUGGUCUUACAAACCUCGGGGAUUGGUCAGAGCUAUUGAUUGUCAGUUAUUAUCAUUGGGAUUGAAAAAUUCUUGUGACAGCUUGGUCCUUCGAAGCCGGAUUUCAAUACCUGUUUUCUGUCGUCCCACGGGAGCGCCGAAAACCUUGCACGGACAGAUCAGAGAUCCGUAUGUUAAAGACCUGACCUCUGGAAAUUGAGGUUCCAUUUCAGGCCGGUGGUGAACUGGUACGCGACAGAAAACGGUGACGAAAUCUAAACCACAUUGAAACCUCAGCUGCAAAAAACUAAGUUUGUUUCUCAGGGCUACCUCAGAAGGACAUGGAGAGGUCUGAGCUGCAGAGAGCUUUGACUGGUACUGUGGACGUGGAGGGAGCUGUACGACAGCCUUUGCUGGGCUGUGUAGCUAGAAGCUGAAAGAUGUCUUCACGUGGUGUCUGUCUGAAGCGCGAGGCUUGGGCAGGGCUGACGCUCUUUACUCCACCUCGCGGCGGCCACAACCCUGCAUUGCGAUGCAGUUCUGCCGCUCCGUCUCCCCAUCCACUCAGUGACGCUGUCAUCAUGGAGGAAGAACAGUUACCUGCUACGGAGUGAAGACGACAACCACACAAACGCGAGGCCACCACCGGCGGCAAUCUAUUGCGUCUUUUUAAGGCUCCUCUCAUUUCUUCUUUCCUGAAUACAUCGGCCAUUGCCCGUGUGUCAUUUCUAAAGAAACGAUAAGGAACUCGGCAAAACCAUAAAAAUGAAGCAUUUUUUGAGGGUGGUGACACAGUUCUUUGUGUUCCUGUACUGUAAAUGUCUGUGGCGAGGCCUGAAGUUUGUGAUCAGGAAGGUCACGGGGAGGUGCGAACUGCAACGGAUAUGCCACAACAACAAGCCAGGGGCCCGAAGGACCCUUAAGAUCGAGUCUUCCCUCAGGUACUCAAAGAAUGAGCUGUGCCAGUCUGCCCUCAGUGCUCACCCAGACCGAGUGGAGAAGACCAUCGAUGACAUCAUGACCCUGAAGAAGGUCAACCCUGACACUAACCCACAGCUAGGCAUCUCCCUCCAGGCCAGUCUGUUCCAGAUCGUCGGCUACCGUAGCCUGGUGUCGGAGGUGGAGAAGCUACGCAGGGAGCCAUACGACUGUGAGAACCCCGACCAUGAGGAGAUGCUGAUGAAGCUGUGGAAGACACUGCGUCCUGAUUCACCACUCACUGGGCGGAUCUCCAAGCAGUGGUGUGAGAUCGGUUUCCAAGGCAAUGACCCCAAGACUGACUUCAGGGGCAUGGGUCUACUGGGCCUACACAAUCUUCUAUAUUUUGCUGAGCAUGACAAGGCCACCGCUCUCCAGGUGCUUCAUGACUCCUUGCAGCCGAAACACAGGAGCAUUCCCAAAGAGGCAAGCAAAAUGAGCAAAGCAGAAUGGGAACAGAAGAACUUUGAUAAAGCAAUUGGAUACUCCUUUGCCAUCGUGGGCAUCAACAUCACGGAUCUGGCCUACUCUCUGCUGGUGAGCGGAGCCCUGAAGACCCACCUGUACAACGUAGCCCCGGAGAUGCCCAGCCUCAGCCACUUCCAGCAGACCUUCUGUUACCUAAUGCAGGAGUUCCAUCGGUUCUGGAUCGAGGAGGACCCCUGUGACAUCAUGGAGUUCAACCGUGUGCGUUCCAAGUUCCACCGGCGGGUGCUGCGGCAGCUCAAGAACCCCGACAUGGCGCUGUGCCCCCACUUCGCCGCCUCCGAUCUCCACCUGGUCAACCUGUAAAUACACUCCCCCUGACUUCUAACCCCUGACCCUAUACCUCUAACUUCCUCAACCCCCCCUCCGUCCUCCGUCCUCCCAGCUACAUCACGUCACUGCCAACCGCUCACCCCGCCAGCGCUCACACACAUGCUCACACACACCCUCCCCUCCACGCCCUGCCUCUAACCCCCACAGCGACUUCAGAACCACCAGCACCACUAGAUGACCAUGGCGAUUGUAGGGGUGCAUGAUGAGGCUGCACCACAUAGUCAUUCACUGACUCAUUGUUAUUCCUUGCUUUAAUGAUUUGUGAUUGUACAACAGCCAUCCAUUGCUGGUUAUGUAUUGCUAUUAUUAUGCAUUUUUAAAGAAAUAGUUUACCCAAAUUACAAAAUGAAUAUGCACUUUGGGUGAACUAUCCCUUUAACUGAAUCAUCAUGGAACAAGUGCUUUGUUUUCUCCAGUCCGUUAGCCCCUUGAAUACAUCUCAUUGUGAUGAAUGUUCGGCUGUGACACCAAAAAUAUUUGAGUCCAUUUAAGGAGACAGUGCUUCCUCUUUACCAUUAGACAGGGCAAUAACAGUAGGCCUAAGCUGUGCUGUCAGAUUGUCAGAAGUCACAAACUGAAAAGGCUUCAUAAGCUUCCUAUGCUUAUGUAGGGAAUUGUACAAGAGCUAUGUACUUAUUCUAUAUUUGGCUCUGUAGUGUAGUGUACUGCACUGUACUGUAUAAGGAAGUCAGAGUUACUAUCUAGUCCUAUGUUGCCUGCCUUAUUUAAGUGGGGAUGCAGCAAGGCUUUGUGUUGCAAUGUGCAGACAGAACAUUCUAUCGGUUGAGGAGGGGUAUAUGAAGGAAAUGAAAGUAGGCUACUAAAAGAAGAUUGCUUAAUGAUACAUGAGCUGGAAAAAAAGGGCCUAUGCACUAUAUAGGACUGGAUUCAUUUACAGUCAAAACCAAUCAAGAGAGAUAGCAGACAUUCAUUCAUCCAAUUAAAUCACUCGCAGCCAUCAUCUCAGCAAGGCCGUUUCUUUUCUAAAUCAUUUGUCCAAUAUUUAUCAAUUGUAUUUAAUCACAUUUGAGGUCAAAUGCAUGAUAAGAACACUUCACACGAGCAUAAUUCUCAUUGCCAAAAUGUAGACUAAUGUGGACAAUUCACAUGAAUCAGAAUAGCCGUUUGAAGAAAUGGUCAUUUAUUUUAUGAAUGUUAUUCAGCUAUGUCCAUGAUUGUUUGAUUUGUAAAUCUUUAUUCAACUAUGUCCACGAUUGUUUUAUUUGUAAAUAUUUUUAGAUAUAUUGAAUGUGACACAUUAAAUGUUCACUGAAUUAGUAAAUCAAUUAUUUACAUUCCCCCCAUGAGACGUACAUAUGACUUUGGGUGUUUUCAUACUUGGUCCCUUUCAGACAAUUUUUGUGAACUCAGUGCGGCUUGCUUAUUUUUUUCAUGCAGUGUGAACACUCCAAAGGAACUCAGACCCCUCAAAAGAGCCCCCGAAGUAAAACCAAUCUCGAGGGGUGGUCUGAGUUCAGGUUCCCUUAAAUUUCGUGGUCCUAUUCCCUUUUUUAGGGCAAUGUGAGCACAAAGCUCCACAGGUUCACUUGUCAUUAUUCCCGUACGACACACUAGACUACUGCAACACCAUUUCUUCUGCCAUAACCCCUCGCAUUGGUACCACAAAAGAGAGAAGAUGAUGAUGUGCUGGGACGUAUUCAUUCCACUGAUUCUGUUGCAAACGUUUCUUAAACGGAAGUAGACGGAAUGAAAAUGGAGAGGAACCUACCUGAAUUUGUCCAAUACAAAAAUGUGUUUUAGGUUGACUGUUUGGCUAAUGAUUACACCCCAGACUCACUGAAAAUACCUGUGCUGUUUUUGGAUAUAGAUUAGUGAUUGUCAAGGAUGCACAGAAAUUCCAAAAUAUGUGAGUUUUUAGUUCAGAUUAUUUGUUUGCAAAAUGUGAUCUAUAGACUAAGCGAGCUUCAUAAACUGUUUAUUCAAUCGUGCAGUAAGAAACUACAAUAUGUAACUUUUUGGGCGUCCUGACCAAAUUCACAUAGAAAUGUGAGUUAAAAAUGAAUUCCCGUUGAAAGCAAGUCUACGAAGCUGUAGAUGAGUGCUGUUUCUAUGCUACCCGUUCUGAAGUUUCGUUUUUGCGUAGUUUUGUACACCAGCGAAUUCUGCAUAGUGCAUCUUUAGGUGAAAAUCACAACACGGAGUGCAAAAUAAAUGAUAUCUCUGAAAGGACCAGUAGCCUACAUUGGGUGUACAAUUUUCAAUUACAGCAUUAUUUAAUCUGCAGAUAUUUGUCUGCUAUUUAUUCUGUUACCAAUAGUAAUUACAUGUUAAUAGUAUCUUCUGAUUACAAUUAUAUCUCAUCUUUUAACUAAAUGCAAUUUAUUAGCUACCAAAAUGUAAGUAGGUAUAUCUAGCUGUCCGAUAACACACGCUGAUGGAAUGGUUUGUCCUGCACUUUGUAAAAACCCAGAGUGAAUUGAGUGAAUGUUGGAAAAAGAAUGGUUCCUUUCUAAACAUAGAAAUAUGAAUGCAAAGAGGUCUUGAACCACAAAAUGGGUGAAGUGAACUGGCAAAAGAGUUGAGUACUCAUUCAAAGGCAAAGGCAGCAUGAACACAAAGAAAAUUGGGUUAUUUAGCUAUUAUUUAUCUUCACUUUAAAAGAGGACUGAGAUUAGUUAUUUUAAAAAGGCCCAUGUGAAAACACCCUUAGUUGUUACUGUAGGCUAAAAUCUUGUUUGCAACAGUUCUGCCUGUGUUGUUGUUUUACUCACUGUAUGGCAUAAUCAAUUAAAACGAAAAGACAAUUUAAUGUAACCGAUGAUUUUGGAAGGAAGCGGGAUCACAAGCGUUAUUCCCCAUAGAAUGAGCUGUGUCUAGUGACUGACUAAAGCUUACACCAAUGCCUCCAAACUGAAUUGACAUUUUGCUGUGUUUUUUUUGUUACAGUGACUAAUUUAUAUUACAGUGACUGGAAUAUUAUUCCAGGUGUGCAUGUUUUGUACUUUUCCAUUCUACUUCUUUUGAACGAGGUAAAGACCACUAAUUUCUAAUGGUUAAUUAAAGGGACAUUUUACACGAUACAUGAACGUUUGUCAGAUGUUUUCAGACCUCAACUACGUUGUGAGAUGUAGUGAAAUCAGACUACUUUUGAGGUCUGAAAACAUCUGCCAAACUUUGAUCUGAAAGUGUAAUGCCCUUCUGAGAUUUUUAUGGUUCAGACAGUUCACUGCAUGAUAUUAUCAGCUAGGACUUUCAGUGAACACCACAAACAUCAUUAUCAUAGGCCUUCUUUAAAAAAAAACGUGUCUUGUUGAAAUGCCAUGCUUGCACAGUUUCUUUAUUUGGAAUAGUAUGUAUGAACAGGUUUGUUACCUUUUAAGUGAAUGUCAAUGCUUGUGAUCCGUAGUUUUGCAGCAGUUUGCUUCACUGCAUGUCAACGUGUGGUUUGUCUCGUUACCCCUUUGUUCUUUCUUUCGCUUGAUGGUCGUCAACACUGCACUUUUGGAAAUAAAUACGAUUUCAUGUCAUUCAAAUAUACUAUAGUGCAACACUUAUUUAUUUGUGUUAUUUGAGUGUAUUUGGGCUUAAUGCUCAAUAAAGAUGUAGAUGUUGUUAGACACAAUCAGCUGUACAUACUGCUUGAAGAAAUGCUACUAAAGAGAUCAUCUUAAGCAAUAUGCAUGAUCAAACCCACGAUGUCGCUGCUCCUCCGGCAUCUUGUGCUGCUUCUGUUUAAGCCUAGAUCAUGAGAAGAUACAUUCUAGACAAUUAGGAACUUAUUUGUGCUUAAAUUCCUUGUGCUGUGUAACAGUUACUUUUUGAGACAACAAUAAAAUAUCAAUGUAAUUAAACAAUCAA